UGUCCCAAAAAGUGAGGUUACGAUUACGAGAUGUCUUGUUUUGAUUUCUGUUAUUUAUUUACAAUAUAAUUAUUUUCUAUCAGCGAUACAAUUCAAUUUAUUACACAUUAACGUGCAAUCUCUGUUACCGUGUGUCGCCUGAAGAACGGCUGCAAGUACCAGAAAUCAUGAGAAAACUAUUCAAUACCCAGCCUAUUUUCUCAGCGGUUUUAUUCCGAUGUAAAUAUAGCACUGCUCCGAAAUCGGUCGCAACAGUCCGGCUGAACAACAAAGACUUCAUCAGCGAUGAUUACACGAACAUCACUCCCAAAAUUAUAUCGUAUUUGAACAGAAACUUGCAUCUACAGAAAGGUAAUCCGUUGUCGCUGGUACGACAGUGCAUAGUGAAAUAUUUCUAUUCUUCGUUUACUCAUAGAGGUCACCCGGCAUUUAGCGUGUAUGAUAAUUUGUCGCCUAUCGUCACCGCGAAGCAGAACUUUGAUGACUUGUUGAUUCCCGCCGAUCACCCCAGUAGAGCGAAGUCAGACUGUUAUUAUAUUAACAAGGAUGUAUUGCUGAGGGCACAUAUGACUGCGCAUCAGAUGGAGCUCCUUCGAUCCGGUCUGGACAACUUCCUCAUGAUUGGAGACGUGUACAGAAGAGAUGAGAUUGAUUCCACACAUUUUCCUGUGUUCCAUCAAGUAGACGCAGUGAGAUCCCAAAGUAGUAAAGAACUUUUUGGGGAAGACCAAGACCUAAAGAUAUUUGAACCAACAUAUGACAUAGAAAAUCCACACAAUUUUAAAAAUUCAAUAUCAGACCCCAUGAAGCAAAGCUGCCACACUUUAGAAGCGUCGAAACUCAUGGAAACCCAACUAAAAACCCAUCUUCUAGGUCUUGUUUACUAUUUAUUCGGAGAUGAUAUCGAGCACCGUUGGGUAGACGCAUAUUUUCCCUUCACCCAUCCAUCUUGGGAACUUGAGAUUUUAUAUGAAGGCAAAUGGAUGGAGGUACUUGGUUGUGGCAUAGUGCGGAAUGAAAUUUUAGUAAAUGCUGGACCAAGUAACAGCAUUGCAUAUGCAUUUGGACUUGGUUUGGAAAGGCUUGCAAUGGCACUGUAUAAAAUACCAGAUAUAAGACUCAUGUGGAGUACCGAUUCUGGAUUCUUAGCGCAGUUCAACACUGAUAACAUCCAGGAUAAGAUUACGUACAAACCAGUAUCGGUGUACCCACAGUGUACGAAUGACAUUUCUUUCUGGCUGCCUUCUAAUGUAACUACAGAUUCCUUCGUAAACAAUGAUUUCUAUGAUCUAGUCAGAGAUAUUGGAGGUGAUAUUAUUGAACAGGUGAGCUUGAAAGACAAGUUUAUCCACCCCAAGUCGAAAAAGCAUAGUUUGUGCUACAGCAUUGUCUAUAGGCACUUAGAGAGGACCCUCAAGCAGGAGGAGGUCAACCAGGUCCACAAGAAGAUUGAACAAGCAGUCACUGACUCUUUCAAUGUUGUAAUUAGAUAGGAACUUUACUGGUGACGAGACGUUUUAAACUAGCAGCACAUUGUGAUGGCCAUUUCGACAUAAUAAAGUACAGAAAUUCGCUCCAUCAACAUAGUUAUUAAUUAAUAUGAUACUUGAUGAGCGGGACGAACGUCAAAAAGCUCAUUAUAGUGUGCACUAGUUAUGUUAAAUCUCUAAAGCUUAUUUAGGCAUUUAUUUUAUUACCAUACACAUUGUUAUAAAUAUAUUCGUCAUUUAUUUGUUAA